UCACAGGCAGGACUACUGCCAAACAGGGGAAAGGGAAAUCACCUUCAGCUGGGAGGGAAAACUGGACACUCCUGGAUGUGGGAAGAGAUGAGCUUUCCCUGGGAAGGAGAGGUCUGUUCUACCUGCAUCUCACUGGAGUUCAAGCUUUGUAGAACUUGGUGGCUUUGCCAGUGAGGUAGAUCAAGUUGCUGGUGGUGGUCACUCAGGAGACUGAUUUAGAGUUUGAAUUUUGUGAUUUGACCUAGAAUUAUUCACACUUUGGCAUUGAACAGAGUGAAGGCCAGAAUUUGUUUUGGGGGAAUCUGGGGUGUUUGGGAAUCAGAAGCUGUUUUUCCUUAUGGAAUGUCAGUGACUUUGUUUUAGCUGUUUGGGGCAGUCUUCUAAAAUGCCCUUUCCCCAAAGAAAGGAAGAGAUAACACUUUUUUUUUACCACUUUAUUUGCAAAGAACUGCCAGGAAAUGGUGUAGUGAACAUUUCAUCACUCUAAAACUCCUUCUUUUAUGCUUCUUUUUUCAAACACUAUUUUUGUAAGGUUUCCUUUAACUAAACGGAUGUCUGUGCAAACCUCUCCUGUUGGUGUGACUCGGAGUUGGGGCCGUUCCAGGUUCCUGCUGCGGUGUCCGUAGGUGUGACAGAGAGCCCUGGCGAACCAGCCUGGCUCCUCCUCCGCCUUCUCCUUUCCGCUUUGCCUUCCCCAGGAAUACGCGGCACAGGUGCCACGGCACCUGCGAGCGCUCUGGGUGGCGGUGGGCGCGGGUGUCCCCCCGCCUGGCUGACCGCGGUGUCCUUGUGCCCGUGUCCCCGCCGUUCCCCAGGACAGCGGCCCCGGGAUCGCGGCCCGCCCGCUUUGCGCGCUCCCCCUUAAAGCGGCGAUGCCGCCGGCACAGCGCGGCCGCCUGGGGCUCGGCGCUGGCCCGUUUAAGGCGGGGCCGGGCCGCGCGGUGGAACGGCCAUGCUGCGGGCCCGGUGGGUGCUGCCGCUGGCGGUGGGCGCGGGGCUGGGGGCGGCCCUCGCCCGCUGGGAGCGCCGGGAGCACCGGGAGCAGAGCGAUGCGGCCGAGGGGCUGCUGGCCCGCCUGCCCGUGCUGCCCGUCGUGGCAGCGGCCAGCCUGCCCGCGCCGCCGGGCUCGGGGCGCACCGAGCUGAGCAAGUACGGGCUGCCCGGGCUGGCGCAGCUGCGGAGCCGCGAGUCCUACGUGCUGUGCUACGACUCGCGGAGCCGCAGCGCGCUCUGGGUCAUCGAGCAGCUCAACCGGGACACGCUCAGCGGCGCUUCUGACCGCUCCGCCUGCGACUUCCAGGAGGACGACUCGGUGCACGAAUAUCACCGCGCCACCAACGCCGACUACCGCGGCAGCGGCUUCGACCGCGGGCACCUGGCCGCCGCCGCCAACCACAGGUGGAGCCAGAAGGCCAUGCGGGACACCUUCUACUUGAGCAACAUCGCCCCGCAGAAUCCUCAUUUAAACCAGAAUGCGUGGAAUAACCUUGAGAAGUACUGCAGGAGUUUGGCAAAAAACAACAGGAAUGUCUACGUCUGCACAGGACCCCUCUUCCUGCCCAGGAUGGAGCCUGAUGGGAAGAUGUAUGUGAAGUACCAGGUGAUUGGGAAGAACAACGUGGCCGUCCCCACCCAUUUUUUCAAGGUGCUCAUCUUGGAAAAGGAGAGUGGGGAGAUUGAGUUGCGCUCCUACGUGAUGCCCAACAGCCCUGUGGAUGAUAAAAUCCCCCUGGAACGGUUCCUGGUUCCCAUUGAGAGCAUUGAGCGAGCCUCAGGGCUCCUCUUUGUCCCAAACAUCCUCAGGAGAACAAGUAACUUGAAAGCCAUCACAGCUGGAAAGCAAUGACCCAUGACUAGAACAAAUACAGGUAACCCCUGCCAAGGGACUGGCAAUCACUGCACAAUCAUAGUUCCUUGUGCAGUUGUAAAUAUGGGAAUUAAGAUUCAAACCUGUGCUUCUCUCCACUGUUCCCCUUGUGUCUAAGUAAGCACAGACGCACAGCAGGGCUCCAGAGUGGUCCUGCAAGAGGCUCAGGGGCACCUGACACUGUAGUAGCUCUCUAGGAUUUGCCCCUAAUCCACUGCUGCCUUGGAGCUGUAUGAGGCUCAUUCAGACAGAAAGGGAAGUCAAUUGUUGUUGUUUAGCAGGGAGGGAGGGGGAGCAAGGUGUGUGCCAAGGGAGGAGAGAAGUUCCUGCCUUCCUGUGGCCAAAGAACUAUACAAUUGUUUUCUUUCAGAAGAUGGUUUUAGCAGUAAAGCUUUGAACACCCUUGG